AUGAAGAAAUGUAAAGUCAUUGAUUCUUAUUUCAUAUAUUAUGCAUUAUUUAUCAACUAUAUUCAAAUAAUACUAUGUGACCAAAAAUUAAAUAUUGAUUCAAUAAAUCAUAAAUCUGAUAAACUAACCUCAAAUUUAAUCAAUAUUACAAAACAUAAUGCUCACAGUAACAAAAUAGAAGGAACUAUUGAUAAUUCUAUUCCAAAUGUUGGUUUACAAGCUGCAGUGAUUUCUAGUGCAGGAAUAAUUGGUGAUGGAGUAGUACCUUCUAAUAAUAUACACUAUGAAGAUAAACCUGUAGAAGAACGUAAAACCUACAUUCGGUUAAGUCAACCAAUGCGUAACUUAACUCGUUCAAUUGGAGCAAAAGGUACAUUCUAUUGUGAUAUUCUUGGUGAACCUAUACCUCAAUUUCAAUGGUAUAAAAAUGGUGAAAAGUUGUCAGAGAAACCGAAUAAAAUUAAAAUAACUACUGCGUUAUGGGGAAGCGCUUUACGGGUGGAAAAAUUACAAAAUUCUGACAUUGGACAAUAUUUGUGCGUGGCAACUAAUCCAUCUGGAACAUUGAAUGCCACAGCUUAUUUACAAUUAACAAGUAAAACUCCCAAGCCAAAUACAUUUGUGAAACCAAUUUUACAACAAGAAAAUCAAUAUCUUAUGAAUUCAAUAACUGCUGAAUCUGAUGGUUUCUGUCAAGAAUUUCAUAGUAAUGUCUGCGGUAAAUACCUUAUGGGUCAUCGUGUCUAUGUGACAAGAGAAUUUCAACAAGCUCUUAUAGAAACACAAAUAUCUAAAUUUCUUAAGCUUACUGCAACUCAAUCACUACAUCGUGUACGAGAAGAUUGUUUAAGACGUUUAAUGGAAGCAAUUUGUUAUUAUAACUUUCCAGUGUGUUUAGAAACAAAACCUGUUUCUUUUGAAAAUGAUGUCUCAGGCGAAACACAAUCAUUAAAUGAGAACUCUAUGCGUUAUUUAUAUCAGACACGUCACUUAUGCAGACAAGAAUGCGAAAAUGUAAUGCAAAAUGAAUGUGGACCAACAUAUGACUAUCUGGAUAGAAAAAUUUUGUAUGACUUACCGGAAAUGAUUAUGGAUUGUUCACGUCUACCGAUUUAUUCAAUGGAUAAUCCACAAACAUGUCGUCGUAUAGGUGAACCUUUAGUUGUAUCAGAACAAAUAUCAGAAUACAGGCAAGACAAUGAUGGACAAUUCUGGGAAGAACAUCAUGCGGCUGCACCAUCACCUGGUCAUCUGAUAGAAAAGAAUGAAAAUGGUGUCUUAUCAUCUAGUCAAGACUUAAAUACUGCAUUAUCAACUGGCCCUGAUUUGUUACCCAUUUUCGUUUCAUUUGGAGCAUUGGCAUUAUUGGGUCUCGUUCUUCUUGCUGUAUGCUUUCUCUGUCGACAUGGUACAAGUGAUUCACCGCGUUUAACAACGGAUAGUUCAAGUUUCCUAGGAAGAUCACGUAUUCGCUCCAACUGUCGAGGCAAUCGUAAUUGUUCUGAAAUUGAAAGAUUGGAUGGGUUUCACGUAAGGGGACAAGGAGUUGGGGCUCCUAAUGACUCAAAUCAUAGCAGCAAGCAAAGAAGAGUCCCUGGAAUGGGAGCUGGUAUUAAACUAGGUGGUACAAACGGUUUUCUAAAUGGUAUGCAAGAGGCUUACACAACUACAUAUUGUGGAAGUAAUACGAUUUGCAGCACAAGUGACGCCAAUGCUAUGAGCGCACCAGCGACGGUUGGGCAUAACAGUGUUUCUUCUAAUCUUCACAACACAAAUGGUGUACUUAAUGACACAUCUAUUUCUGCAGUCGCAUCCGUUAAACAUAAUGGUUCUGCGACGUAUUUUCAGUACCAUGCUUCUAACUUCUUAACCCCACAAUUACCACCUCCUCGAGCUCCUGCACCGCCUCCGCCAGGAUCGCAAUGUUUAACGACACAAUCACAAACAGGCAUUACAGCGAUUGCACCAACAUCAAUUCCAUUUAACAUGACCGACCCACCAUAUAAUGCACAGCCAUUUAAUCAGUCUAUCCACUUGCCAUUAAAUGGUGAUAUAAUAUCAGAGGCAGGAUUACAUUAUGAAACAAAAGCUGAUGCUGAAAGCCCAGCGGCUUAUACAACACUUAGAAACGCUAGUCCUAAUGAAUUUUUAUUAAAUGACCCUCCUUCAUCAAUAAACUCAUUUAACGCUUCACAAAACGCCACACUAUUCUCAAAAAUUAACUUGGAAGAUCAGCCUAUGAAGGCUGUGGAAUAUCCUAUUUCUCAGUUGCGAUUUGGGAAACAAUUUGGACAAGGUGUUUUUGGACCAGUUUAUAAGGCUGAAUUACUUCCAAAUAGUGCUUAUGAAAAUGGUCAUCCAAUCUCAGUUAUUGUAAAAACCUUAUCAGCUGGUUCGCCUGCCAGUUUACAAGUAAAUUUUCGUAGAGAAGCUAAUUUAAUUUCGGAAUUAGAUCAUCCAAAUGUACUUAGUCUUCUUGGAGUUAGUGUACAACACCCACCAUGGUGUAUGAUAUUUGAAAUUCGACAAUAUCUUGAUUUAUGUGAAUUAUUAUCUUCAAGAAGAUCUAUGAUUAAUCAGAUAAAUUUAACAAAUGUAAGUUAUCCUAAUGGCGUGACAUCUAGUUUGCCAAACCCUCUUAGUGAAUCAGAAAUUUGGAGAGUAUUAUCUCAAGUUGCUGCUGGAAUGGAUUAUUUAUCUAGUCAUCGUUUCGUUCAUCGUGAUUUAGCUGCAAGAAACGUGAUCAUUUUGAAUGAGCAAUUAUUUUGUAAAAUUACUGAUCUUGGCUUAGCACGUGAUUGUUAUGCAGCUGAUUAUUAUCGUUUACAUCCUCAUAGUCUUAUGCUUCCGAUUCGAUGGAUGCCACUUGAUUCAAUUAUCUAUGGUAAAUUUACUAUUGAAUCAGAUAUUUGGGCAUUUGGUGUAUUGAUGUGGGAAGUUUGGUCUGGUGGUAUGAGACCAUAUUCUGCAUUUUCUGAUCCAGAAGUUUUAGAUUUAAUACGUUCUAGACAAUUAUUAUCAUGUCCACAACACUGUUCAACUAACAUCUAUAUGUUUAUUACUAGUUGUUGGAAUGAAGAGAUUGAAAGACGUCCAACAUUUAAAGAUUGUUUAAAUCAAAUACAAAAUUGGUAUUCAGAUGCACCUGUUAUACCAUCAUUGUAUUCUAGUGAACAAGUAUUCUCUUAUUCUCAGAUUAUCGAUAACAAAGUUGAUUUUCAACAAUUAAAUAAUACUAAUAAUAGUAUUCAUGGCACAGAAAGUCUUUCGGAGACUUCAAAAUCUAACUUAUCAAUACGUCAAACAUGCCCGGGAACAUUUAAUAUAAACAAUAAUUUUACUUAUCCUAAAGAUUAUUUAACUAAAAUGUAUACUGUAGAUCCUUUUGAUUUGUUUCAUCAAUCAAUAAAUGCUCCUAAUACAACGAAUAAUAAUAAUAGUAAUUCCAUUAGUCAGUAUUAUAAUUCUAGUCCAGAUAAUACAAUGAUGAAUGGUAAAUUUACACCACAAACAUCAAUUAUGACAACACAAUUACCAGUAUCAAAUAAUUCAAAUGUAAUUCAAGAAUCAAAAAAUGAUCAUUGUAAAUCAUCUAAUGGAUUAGGUAUUCGAUUAUUACCAAAUACAACUACAAUGUUUAUUCCUACACUAAAUUCUGUUAUCGCCUACUGGAUAAGCCUGUUGAGGGAAAUAUCUUCAAGAGUUUGGAUAAAAUGUGGCAGUCUUAUUUUCUUGACAUGUCAAACCUCCUGCCUAAUUUUAUUGAUGCGUGUUUCACGUUCAGUUCAGAAUUCGGAGUUAUACUCAGCUUCAACAGUUGUUGUAUGUAGUGAAUUUCUGAAACUUCUAUUGUCGACAAUUUUGAUUUUCUACCAAGAAGGUCAAAUUAAACGUAGUAUUUCAUCAAUCUAUAAUCAAAUAAUCGUUCAGUAUAAUGAUAUGAUUCAAAUUUUAAUUCCUUCAACUCUUUAUAUUGUACAGAAUAAUUUACUAUAUUUUGCCAUUUCACAUUUGAAUGCUGUUUUAUAUCAGAUACUUUAUCAAAGUAAAAUAUUCACUACUGCUAUGUUUAUGAUAUUAUUGUUAAAUCACCGCCUACGUUCAACUCAAUGGUUUUCUCUUUUAUUACUCAGUACAGGUAUUAUCUUAACACAGUUACCUUCAUUAGGUCAGUCAACGUCGAGCAGUGAAUUCCAUUCAAAUUUGUAUGGGUUAUUAGCAAUUCUAUUGGCUUCUGUUACUAGCGGCUUUGCUGGUGUUUACCUUGAGAAAAUAUUUAAAGGAACGUCAACUUCGAUCUGGAUGCGAAAUCUACAGCUAGGUCUCCUCGGUGUGCCAAUCGGUCUGUUUGGAGUCUUCAUUAAUGAUGCAUCGAAAGUCAAAACUCUGGGGUUUUUUUACGGCUACACACCUAUCGUUUGGAUUGUAGUUAUUCUUCAGGCGUUUGGAGGGCUAGCGAUAGCCUUUGUCAUGAGAUAUGCGGAUAACAUUUUGAAGGGUUUCUCUAUGGGUCUAUCAAUGAUUCUGUCAUCUCUCAUAUCUUAUUUCCUAUUUGAUGACUUUACUCUAAACAUGUAUUUAUUUGUCGGAUCCAUAUUAGUUGUCAGUGCAACGCUAAUAUACGGUCUCCCAGCAAAGUAUAACCCAGUCUCCACAGCUUCCCCAAAUGUAAACAAAGCAUAA